AUGUUCGCAGCUAAUGAUUUAGAUGCAAAGCCAGAAAAGCUUAAGGUUGCAAUUCUACUCAGUGUCAUUGGAUAUGAUGUCUAUGAGUUACUGGAGACAUUAAAUAUUACUGAAGAAUGUUCGUCGACAGAAAUAAUUUUUAAAAAACUAAGGGAAUAUUAUGAACCAAGGUACAAUGUUAUAGUAGAGCAAUUUAAGUUCUUUAGAAGAGAUCAAGAAGAGGCUGAAUCGUUUGAUAAGUUUCUUAGAGAAAUUAAAAUGAUUGCAAAGCGAUGUGAAUUUGGAGCAUUAGAAGAUAACAUGGUCAAGGUUCGCAUUGUGUUGGGCGUAAGGAAUUUGGCAUUACAAGAAAGACUACUGAGAGUGCCAGACCUAUCGCUUGAUAAAACAAUUGAACACUGUAAAUCGGCUGAAACAGCUAAGUCCCAACAAAUGUUACUUCACAAUCAAGUUGCAGAAGUCAAUUAUACUGUUGUGAAAAAUGAAACUACUUAUCAACAUCAAGGCUGGAAGGAAAAAGAAAAGGCUAAUGGAUCAAGGGUCAAGCCGUCAUCAAAAAAAGAAUAUGAUUGCAAGAAGUGUGGCCRUCAUCAUGGACCAAGAAAUUGUCCAGCUGAAAUAGAUGAAGUGUUAGAGAGAUAUAAUGUAGUGUUCAAGGGAUUGGGUUGUUUUCCAGGUGAAUGUAAGAUAAAAAUUAAAGAUAAUAGUGAAGCUAAACUAAAUCCUCCAAGGAGAGUAGCUGAGUCUAUUAAAAAAGAGUUAAGUAAAACUUUAGAGRAAAUGUAUCCCAUAGAAUUAAACAAAGUAAUUAUAAGAGAUGCUUUUUUAAUACUAACACUAGAGGAGUUAAGAUUUAGCUUAAAUAAAAAAAAAUGGUUUAGUUCAUUUGACCUUAAAGCAGGAUUUUGGCAAAUUAAAUUAGAUGAAGAAUCAAGUUAUCUAUGUACAUUUAGCACUCCAUUCGGAUACUACAGGUGUACUAGGUUACCGUUUGGUUUGUCUUGUGCUCUGGAGGUAUUUCAAAAGAAAACGUUAGAGUGCUUUGUUGGAAUAAAAAAUGUAUUUGUAUACUUUGACGACCUUUUAAUAGCAACARAGGAUGAAGAAACACAUGAUGAAACCCUAAGGGCAGUAUUAGAAAGAGCAAAAGAGCUGAAUGUCAAAUUUAAUAGUGAAAAAAUUAAAUAUAAACAACAUGAAAUAAAGUCCAUAAGUAUGAAGUUUAAUGAUGAAGGUAUGAAACCAGACGAAGAAAGAGUUAAAGCAUUAAUGACUUUAAAGCCACCCAAAAAUAAAGUAGAGUUACAGAGAUUGUUGGGAGCAUUUAAUUAUUUAAGACAGUUUAUACCAGACAUGUCCACAUUAAUAACACCGUUAAGGGAGUUGUUAAAAAAUAAUGUAUGUUGGUUCACAAACAGGAUUGGGGUGCUGUUUAUUGCAAGGCAAUAG